GUUUUGAUCGCUUCUCGCGUCGCGCCAAACAAAUUUUUACAUUUUCCGAUUGAACAAUUAGCAACGAACAAAAAAAGACAUUUUCCACACGUUCGUUUGUGCAUUUUCCGAUCUGCUACCUUUGUAUUCUACCGAUAGGUGAAAGGAAUGCACCAAAAAUGAAUGAAAUAAUGGAGAGGCUUGUUAUCCUACUAACACUCCUGCUCAGCAGAUUUUCCCAUUCUUAUGCUGAAGAUUGCGUCACGGGAUUCUCAGUUGUCGCGCCUGAGUUGGCGGUGCCUGGGAAAACAACUGCGGUUUUCGUCACGCUACAUGGACCGACAAGUGUACGUCCGUUAAACGUAACGUUAAGAUUGUCGCAGGAUUCGAGUGAUGAAGACAGCUUUCGACAGCCUAUUGAAACCACUCAAGAAAUUAAAGGACAUGGAAUUUUACCACUCGAGAUCCCCUUGGAUGCUAAUGGAAAUUUCAUAUUACAAACACUAGUGAAUUGUACAGAGAGAGAUGCUUGCGAACUACAAAGCUCUUCACAAAUGCGGCUUGUUGGACCGGUCCGAGAUGUUAUUAUACGACCCGCAAAACACGCAUAUAAACCAGGAGAAAUUGUAUCAUUUUGGGUACUAGCACUAGAUCACGAUCUACAAAUAGCAAAUGAGGCCAUCGCAACUAUUAGUAUUAAGGACCCAGCAGGAACAAAAGUGGCACUAUGGUAUCAAGUACCACUAGAUGAAGGUAUAAAAGCUUUCAGUCUGCCAUUAUCAGAAUACGCUAGAGUGGGCAGAUGGCUUAUGCAUGUGGAAGUUGAAUCCGCGGAAUUUACGGCCCCUAUAGAGGUUUCGCCUGGAGCAGGAACCGAUUUACCAGAUGUCUCUGCCGCCGAAGAACAUUAUGUUGAACUACGCUUCGGAAGAGAGAUGAGGAGACGUUACAAACCCGGACUUCCGUUUGUGGGAAAGGUGGAAGCGAUGAGUACUGAAAAAUCGGUUCGCGUUCGUGUAAAGGUCUACGACAAUUCGACCUCCAUUUAUAGCCAAGAUAUUGAAAUUUCUGCUGGAGAAGGCACCUUCGUGGUUCCCGCUAUCAUGGCAGAUAGUGAAGUAAUUGCCUUGCAGGCAGAAUUAGUAUCCGUGGAGGGAAAAGAAAUAGAAAGUCACUACGUUUUAGCAAGGGAACCUAUCUAUAAAUGGAAUUCAUCUUCCGAUUGCUACUUGCUUAUUGAAGGGGUUGAACAUACAUUACAGCCGGAAGAAGAAGCGCACGUAUUAAUCCUAUCAACCUGUCCCUGCGAAAGGGAUUUGCACUACGUAAUUACAACAGAUGGUCGCGUUACGGAUUGGGCACAAAGAAGGUAUGAGGAUCCCGUGCCGCCUACAACAUCUACGUCAUCUGGAGCAAUUUGUAGGCUACAUUUUAGUUUCACCGUACGUUCAGUUAUGGCACCAGUGAGUCAGUUACUGGUCUACUAUGUAACGCCACAAGGGGAGCCUGUCAGUGAUGUUAUAAGCUUUGACGUUAAACUGCUGAACAGACAGGUUUACGUCAACUUGGAAGAAAGAGAAUGGUGGCUACCCGGACAAAGUUUAGAUUUAGAAGUUGUUGCCGAACCUUCAUCUUUAGUUUGCCUUUUAGGAGGGCGCUUUCGAGGGAGUAACGAUAUAAAAUUUGAUCCUCGAAUAAGCGAGGACAGAACUCCGGCGACGGAAACCGGAGAAAUCGACUUUCUCGAAGCCGGCGUUGUAUUUUUUCAACGACGCUGCACCAAGAAAGGCGAUUCUGGAGUUUCGACGGUUUCGUAUAGACAAAGAGGAUCGGGUGCGGGUCCGUCAAAUAGAAGACGUCCACCGGAGAGCCUUGUAGGGGGAGCACCGUUUGACCAACUAUGGUUAUGGAAAUGCUUCAAUUACACAUCUGAAAUUGCCUCAACUGGACUCACCAUUCCAGCUCCUCAAGAAGCGGGAAAGUGGUCAUUAUGGGCAUUGACGGUAGCUAGUGGAGGAUUAAGAUUUUCUUCAUCUGUGAAUGUACAAGUAUUUCGACCACUACAAGCGGAAUUCUAUCUACCUCCAAGUUUACGUGUGGGAGAGACAUUAGAAGUUGAUAUUAAAAUUGCCAAUAAUCUCAACAGUUGCAUGGAUGUUACAGCCCUCCUGGCGUUGAGUGAAGGAGCCCAAUUUUUAAGCAAUGGCCUUUUAUAUGUCACAGAAAGGCUUCGGUUGGGUCCCCAAGGGGCGACCUCAUUGGUCGUCCGUCUUCUCGUAACAACUUCAGGUGUUAAAAAUAUGACAGUUGAAGUGAAUGGAUACAGUAGUCCAUCAUGUGAGGGUACCCAAACUCCGAUACCGAACGCUACCCUUGCAGGAGCUGUGAUGCGUUCUUCCACCGUUAUGGUUUAUCCUGAGGGACUCGUGCGUACGGACACUGAAAGCGCGUAUUUUUGCGCGAAUGAAAAUAUCAUCAUUUCCACAUCCGACAACUUUAAAUACGAAUGGAUUGGAGCUCCGAGAAACAGAGCGGGGGUCGUCUUGGAAAUUAAAGCUGGAAGUUCAAAUAUCAUCAAUUCUGUGCAUAUCGCAUUGGCGGAAAAUCGGAUAAUAUCGGAUAAGAUAUAUAGGCUUACAAUUGGCGACUCCGAGAACUCCGUCACGUGGUUGGGAAGAGGAAGGCACGAAUAUGGUGUGCAUUUAACAAGUGCCGACACACCUCAAAUAUUAUCAACCGAUGAUUGGAAAACUUUUUGGCUGUCGUGGGAGAAAGCCACUCUAGCGUUCGGAAUCGGACACUUAUUACACAACAAUACGCUUUUAAAAUGGAAAAUGGACAGAAAAAUAAAAAUUCAACAAAUCGGUUUUGCUAGCGCAUGGGGAAGCACCGCCGAGUUUAGAAUUUGGAAUUUUAACGACGAAUCGGGAUUUUCUCAAGUACUUCACUUGGAUACACCGAAGUCAUUAGUUCCAGGAUCUGAGUCGGGAGAGCUUUUAGUAUCGGGAGGCUUAGCUCUACCUGCAAUGUUAAAAAAGCGUGAAGGAUGGGGAGGACUUUCCGGAGCUUUGGCGUCGUUAGCCCCAAUAUUAAAAAUAAAGCACUUGGGAAUCAAAGCUAACGCAAGCGAGAAAAAGAAUUUGUUGGAAAAUCUUCCAAAAUACAUUCAAACAAUUCUUUCGUGCCGUAAACCCGAUAACUCCUUUAGUGAGCAUCAAAUGGUUGGAAGUCAUAAGUCUACAGUAUCGAUAUUGAAUGCUCUCAUGGAAACACAGGCGUACUUCACAGUUGAUCCCGAUUUAAUACAAGGUGCUAUGCGAUGGAUUCAAUCGAGACAAGAAGAUGACGGCAGCUUUACUCCCUUACCGGCUGACGCGAAACUAUCGUUUGCGAACUUAAAUAAUACAGAUGAAUCGAAUAGCACCAGUGAACUUCUAAUGUUGGAACAAGUCGUGAUCAUUACAGCGGAAACGCUCAUCGCAUUUCAUGAUUACUCGUUUGAAAAUUCUGAAGAAGUUUACACUUUCAAAAAAGCUGCAUCUUACUUAGAACGUGUAGUGACGCGUGUCAAAAGCUCUGAAGCGCUCGCUGCUACAACAUUCGCUCUUGUACUAUACAAAAGCCAGCAAGCACGUUGGGCCAUACAAAAAUUACUGAACGUUUCCAUAAGCGAAGAGGGUGAUUUUGAAUGGCCUCACCCCAUGCCAAAGCGAGAUGCUGCCGACUGGCUUUACGAAGCAGACUCAGAUAAAACACUAAAAGAACCUAUUGUGGCUACAGUUGAAGAUUAUAAAGCGGCAAUUUACGCUCUUAACAUCUUCUGUCACAUAGAAGAAUAUAAACUGGCAGAGUCUGUGGCGCGUUAUCUAUUUUACCGGUCGCACAUGCUAGACAAGCACCCUGAGCUUCUCUAUCCGGCCGUUCGAGCCUUUUCUCACUAUGACACAUUAGUGAAUGAUCGACACCGAUCGCUUACAAUUUCUUUAGCAACGUCCGGGAUGGAGCUCACUGAUACACUUGAGUUAAAAUCUGAAAAACCAACACAGCUGUUGCAUCUGCCUAGUUUGCCAACGAAAGUGUUUGUUUAUGCAACUGGGGCCGGAUGUGCAACAAUACAGGGGAAAAUAAAUUAUUCCACGUAUUCCGUUGCCAGUAGAACUGCACUGGUUGACCUAUGGUCGGGUAUUGUGCAAGAAAUUCUACCUGAUCGCAGCUCGGUUGAGGAAAUUGAAGGUAAACUACCCAUGCUCAAGAUCAAACAUUGCUUCCGAUGGAAAGGGCUACUUCCAUCGGGGGUGCUUAGAUUAGAGGUAUCCCUGUUCUCUGGUUUUGAAUUAACAUCCAUCACUCAAAUUCUGGUGAACUCUUCUGAGAGCAUGGCUGAAAUGCAGCACGGAUGUUCGGCGAACAACAUAUGGUUUGCGAUUGCAAACGUUUCUACGCACUGUCCAAUUUGCGUUCAAUAUAUAGUACGCAGCACUUUUAUUAUAUCGUCCCUUAGGCCGGCAUUUGCUCGAAUUUAUCCAACAUCCCGAGAAGAUCUGGCUGCUGAAACUUUUUUCCAUACAAGCGGUGCAAGUGUCUUAAUGAAGGGAAUAACGGACGAUGAUCUCAUUACGUGGUUUGGAACAAAUACAACUACUGCCAACGAUCCAGUAGUCGACGCAUAUCAAAAAUGUGAUAUUACGUAUGAAUAUACUAGCACCGAAACACCUGAAGCAAGUACAGUUACUAAUGUCAACACGAAUACGCCAAAUCCUCUGUCCAAAAUAGAUGAUCUAAGCAUUUCGACGUACACCAUCAACGUUGACAAUACUUCUAUAAGUAAUUUAAGUAAAAUCUUUGAUGAAAGCGAACUAAUAAUUCCAACUGCCAUAGCGAUUAACGACAGGACAUCGCCACUUUCAAACCAGUCCAAGACCGAAUCAACAACACCUCUAACAUUGGAUAACAUUAUUAUUCAAGAUAAAGUAAAAGUUACAAUUGGAAACGACGAAUCCCUUCAAAACAUUAAUAACCACCAGUUUCAAAAUGAAUCCAAUGGAUUAAAUACAAGGAGAAAUCCGAAGAUAGCAUUCAUUAUAAAAAACACAAUACAUUCCCUUACCAACCACACGUCCCUGGAAAAAAAUAAGUGGACUACUCAUACACCCGCAAAUACCAGUGUGGUUCCUACCACUACCACAAGUGUUAAAAGCGAAACAAACUUAAUAGCCAGUAAAGUUAUGUCGCCAAUACGGCAUAUUAAUACAGAAAAGCAUAACCUCCCGAUAACAUUGCUUAAGAACAAAAUUGACGACGAACAUUUGGCGACUUUUGCGCCGGAAAUAAAAAACGAUCGUUAUUUACUCUUGGACAAGGAAGAACUGUGGGGAAUGUUAAGAGAAGCUGUUAGUGACGAGAUGAACAAAAAAGAACAUAACACAAACACUUUCGAACGUCCCAAAAUAACAUAAAUCAUGAACAAUCAAGUUGAAAAAAGUGUUGUGAUUAACUAUAAGUCAAAUUUGAUCUCACAUUUAAGCACAUACUUAAAUUUAACAAAUUGUGUAAAUAAUAGCACAGCCAAUUCUAGUCAAAAUCCCAUGGGUUGAGACCUUGUCAAAUUUUAUACUGAAUGAGUGAGAUUUGCUGUUUAUAAAACGUGAAAUAAACAUUUUUAACCUCUCUGCAA